CAACACGCCCCUCGUUUUCCUCUCCCUGCUUAAAUCUCUCUCUCUCUCUUCCUGUUUCUUGCGGCCAACGCAGCAGUCUCUUGUAUUCCUCUGGUGCUCAAAUUCUACUUCAUCUUAACGACUUUUAGUUAGAUAGCUAGCUAGAUAGCUCUAGCUAGCACACGAUAAUCGAUCGCUUUUUUUCUUCUUUCUUCCCUCUAAAAUUUAUUUCCUUUCCUUUUCAUGUCCUGACUCCUGAAAUAUACACCUACAAGUAAGGAAGCAAACAUCAUGAGCUGCAAUGGAUGCCGAGUUCUUCGAAAGGGUUGCAGUGAGAACUGCAUUCUUCGGCCAUGUUUGCAAUGGAUUGAAAGCCCCGAAGCUCAAGGCCACGCUACCGUCUUUGUAGCCAAGUUCUUCGGCCGCGCGGGCCUCAUGUCUUUUAUUUCCGCUGUCCCUGAAAAUCAAAGGCCUGCUCUAUUCCAGUCGCUGUUAUUCGAAGCAGCUGGAAGGACGGUGAAUCCUGUGAACGGGGCUGUGGGUUUGUUAGGGACGGGGAAUUGGCAGGUUUGUCAGGCAGCGGUGGAGACGGUCCUUCGAGGCGGCACCUUGCGGGCGAUUCCGGAUCACCUCGUUGGUGGCGACUCAUCCGACCUUGACGAGACAGUAUCUGAGUGCACCACCGACAUGUUUAAGCUACACCGUCAUCAAGAUCCUUUCAGCAUAAAUGCCACCAAUUAUCUCUACGGAAGAUCGUCGGACGGUAGUAAGAUGCAGAAACGGCGACGCAAGCCGGAUGAACAGGCCGUCAAAGUGAUGCAGUUGGCUGAUCUUGAUCUUAGCUUAACACCCGGUUUUGAGGGGGGUAAAUAUCGAUGCCUUUUGCCCGAGAAGCGGCGGCUCGGUAGUCCUUCCAUGAAUUCUGAAGAGUCCGGGACCACCACUUGCUUCGAGAGUAAUACGACUGAUCAUCAAGCUGGAACUGGAAGAGAGCGAAAGCUUUUGAGCUUGUUCAAUUAGGUUAAUAUAUUAAUUUAUGCCUGUAUCCUUUUUUUUAAUUUUGGGGUAUUUAUUUUUAUUUUUAGGUUCCUUACUCUAAAUUUAUUUAAGGGUGGGAAAGAUUUUCCCGGAAUUAUUGAAUUCCGGCGAGUUUUUGCGAACCAUCGGCACAGGAUUUCCCUCUCUAUGUAUCUUAGUUACUAAAAAGCAUGUUAGAUCCAACAAGACGGGGAGGGGAAAAUGAAAGUUUGCCGAUGAUUCCUUCAUUUCUGUUUUAGCUACUCUUCUCUCCCUCUCCCUCUGUUAUCAUGUCUGGUAAUAACUGUAGAAACUUGGAACAUGAAUAAAUCAACGACUACUCGUCUGUUUUUUCAUUUC